AUGCCAACACCACCGCCGCCUACUCGCUUGUACGUGCAAGUUGCAGGUACAUCAACAUGGACAAGCCAUGACGGUGCGGGCGAGCUUCCACAUCACUUUUACCUAGCUAAGACGGCCGCACGAGCGCGACCAACCGUGGGUAUCAUGUACACGUCUGUACCUUCGCUUCACCCGAGCGCUGCAACUGAUGAAACUUACCUGUCGGGCGAUCCCAUGCUAAAUGUCUUACGACGCAGCAGCUGA